AUGAAGAGCCUUGCCAAAGUUAUUGCAGCAUCCAAUUUGUUUCUUUUAACCGCUAAUGCUUUGCUGCUCAGUCCUCCUGGGCCCGAUAUUCAACUCGGAACUGCCACCGCUGAGCUCAUUGACUACUCCCGUACUAAUGUGUGGGGGAAACAAUAGCGAUCCUCGAGCAUUUCUGAUUUCAGUCUUCUACCCACUUGGAGUAAAGCCUUGCUCUGGCAGUUAUCGAACGGAAUAUGUCUCCAAAACCGUUAGCGAUUUUGAAGACGGGUAUUUCUUUCAGCGGGGUAUAUUAGGGAAGCUCGACUACAACUCCUUCGAAAGUCAAUUCUAUCAAGAGUGCUCUGAGAAUACCGACGGGAACUAUCCAGUCCUGAUUUUCUCGCCGGGCUACUUCAGAACGCGGUUGCUGUACGGUGUUCUCGCUCAGACUGUUGCCAAGUUUGGGUACAUUGUUAUUACGGUCGACCAUCCUUAUGAUGCCGAUAUUGUUGUUAUGCCAUCCGGACAGGUCAUAGGCGGGGUGGACGAAACGAAUUUAUCGACGAUUGAGGAUUAUCAAGGAGCAGUUGACACACGGGUUGCCGAUUUUAGAUUCCUCCUGGAUCAAUUGGAAGAUCCUGAACUCGCAAAUGCACUUCUUCCAACGGUACCAUGUCGUCUAAAUGUUACGAAAGUAGGAAUGUUCGGCCAUUCAUUGGGAGGCGCUUCAUCUGUCAAUCUCAUGAUCACAGAUGAUCGCGUUGCGGGAGGGAUCAAUUUGGAUGGCAGUCUUUGGCCCCCAGAUUUCUAA